AUGUCUUCCUUUGCACACCCUGAAGCCAAUAUAGUCCCGUGUAGCAGCAGAUUCCUAGAUCUGGAAUGUGCCAGCAAAAUAUACCCUUAUCAGGGAACAGAACAGUUUUGGAAAAUUUGGGACGAUGAAUCGCGCAACUUACGAAAUGGAAUACAGGAUAGCGAGUGGGUCUUAUUUUCUGGUGUGAAUAAAGACGCGUUUGACCGUGACUUCCUUAACUCGUCCGACGACAUCAUGCUCAAGAACUGGAGCUCAUACGAUAGAAAUACACGUCUUCUACUCGUUAAAAUGCCUGCCUCCAAUGAGCAUGAAAUCGCCAGAUCUGCAUUCGACUAUAUUAUGGGCAUGAAGCGCAGAGCAAUGGGACUUUCUAUAGCAUUGCUUAGCGGUCUAAACACAACCCGCUAUGGAGACGAUGGCAGUUCAAAACAACCCGACGGCCAAUACUUUCCAGCAAGACUACCACAAUCCCGGACUCCAUCUAGAGACUGGCCGACUGUUGUCCUGGAAAUAGCAGUCUCGGAAGGACCUUCAAAGCUGAUAUCUGAUGUGAGGUGGUGGAUCCGCCAGCAUAACGGGGCUACAGGAAUCGUGUUGACUCUAAGAGUCGAUCGUAACACGCCAAAGAUUACUCUCGAGAAGUGGACUAGAGGUGAACAAGGGCACCCCCAGCAAGAAUCGACAACGGGCCGCUUGUGA